GGGAGAAGCGUUAUGUCGAGUUAUAAGUUGACUUACUUCGCAAUAGCGGGGCUCGCGGAACCGAUCAGAUUCCUCCUCAGCUACGGUGGAAUCGAUUACGAGGAUAAUCGCGUGCCUCAUGAAAAUUGGCCAGCGAUCAAACCGCAAACGCCCUUCGGACAAGUUCCAAUUCUUGAAGUAGACGGGAAAACGUUGUAUCAGAGUAACGCGAUCGUUCGCUUUCUCGCUUACAAGUUGAAAUUAUUCGGCAGCAGUGAAUCGGAACACUUUGAGGUCGACGCUCAUGUUGAAACCAUUGGCGAUUUAAGGAGUCUACUAUUCACGUGGAACUGGGCUGAAACACCGGAAAAUAAAAUUGCGAAAGAGGCAGAGAUUCGAAAGAAGGCGGCGUUUUAUUUGGGCAAGCUUGAAGCCUCGGUAAAAGAGAACGGCGGGUAUUUUGUCGGUGGGAAGUUGUCGGCUGCGGAUAUUGUUUUCGCUGGAUUCAAUUACGUUUUCAGCUAUAUCCUGGGAAACGAAUUCCUCGCAGAUUAUCCGAACCUGAAAAAUCUCGUUGAGAAAGUCAAUGCUCUACCGGGUAUCAAGUCACACAUUGCUAAACGGCCGAAAACGCUUUGUUGAAAUUUAAUGGCAAACGGAUCAGGAUCCGCGUUUGUAUAAAAUGUUUGGAUAAAAUGGAAACCUGCAAAGCUCGUCCCAUCGAAAUUAUCAGUACAAUUAUAUAUUCGGAUUGAAAGAACAAAUAAAUAGAGCUUCGAAUUGUUGCCGUGCGCGAAAAUUUGAAUCACGCACUA